CGCGCUCUCUGUUGUCGUGCCGCCUCCUCUCAGUGUGGUGCGGUUGGUUCGUGGCGCUCUUUCGGGUCCGCAAAGCUUCCGUUCUUUCUCCUUUCCUCUGCCCGGCCCGGCGCUGCUUCCCGCCCGCUUCCCCCCUCCCCUUUCGCGGUCGGCGCAUUCACGCGAGACCCCGGCUUCGCUCGAGGCCUACGUCCUUUUAUCGCCUCCUCCGUCAGCCGGUGACAUGGCGCGGCUGUCUGUGCCCAGCUCGCAGAAGGCCCUUCUGCUGGAGCUCAAAGGGCUUCAGGAGGAGCCCGUGGAGGGCUUCCGAGUCAGCCUGGUGGACGAGGGGGAUCUCUACAACUGGGAGGUGGCCAUCUUCGGGCCUCCCAAUACGCAUUACGAGGGUGGCUAUUUCAAGGCUCGGCUCAGAUUUCCCAUUGAUUAUCCUUAUUCGCCGCCUGCCUUCCGAUUCCUGACCAAAAUGUGGCAUCCCAACAUAUAUGAGACAGGGGAUGUUUGCAUUUCAAUUCUACAUCCUCCAGUGGAUGACCCACAGAGCGGAGAGUUGCCGUCGGAAAGGUGGAACCCUACGCAGAAUGUAAGAACAAUUCUCCUUAGUGUCAUCUCACUCCUGAAUGAACCAAACACUUUCUCUCCUGCAAAUGUUGACGCUUCAGUGAUGUACAGAAAGUGGAAAGAGAGCAAAGGGAAGGAUCAAGAAUACACGGACAUCAUCAGGAAACAAGUCCUGGGAACCAAGGUGGAGGCCGAAAGGGACGGAGUCAAAGUCCCCACCACGCUAGCGGAGUAUUGCGUCAAGACCAAGACGCCAGCCCCGGACGAAGGCUCCGACCUCUUCUACGACGACUAUUAUGAAGACGACGAGAUGGACGACGAGGUGGAAAGCUGCUACGGGGACGAGGACGACUCUGGCAACGAGGAGUCUUGACGAGGGAUUCCCUGCCCCGUCCCCCCUUCUUUCGCCACCCCCCCUCUCCCCGUCCCUCCUCCCCCUUCUCCUCCUCCCUCCACCGCUGCCUCCUGCUGCUGCACCUGAUAGUAGCAAUAAAUUACCUGACUCAUACUUGAACCCAGGAUCCAACCCGGCUGAGACCUGGAAACCCCGUUUGGCCCCGAGACAAAAGGACCCAAAAAACUCUACCUCAAAAGGAAGACUCGGCUCCUGCUUGACUGGGGAGGGGGUGGGAGAACUCCCAGGGGGCUUCAAGUGCUGUGUGUGUUUUUCGGGGCUUUGGAUUUUGGGUUUUUUUUAAAAAAAAAUUUUGCUUUUAUUCGGGGAGGAUUUGGGUGGAUGGAAAGCGAUUCCUGAUUAUAUCAUCCUGAGCCGAUGCUUUGGCCAUCUGGAGGGGAGUUCGGGGCCCGGGGCCGAGUCGUUGGACGGUCCCUUCAGGAGGCAGGACCCGAGCGCGAAGUUUUUGUGACGUGGGUGGUGUUUUUUUUUUUUUUCCCCUUUAAACAACAACAACAACAACCGCAGGCUAAGAUAUUUGGGGAGAAUUUCUAGCGAGGAAUUUUUCUAGCUGUGCCAGGCAGGUCGGGGCGACCUAUUAACCAGCCUGUGUUUGUAUAGCAGAGGCAAAUAUUGUGAAGUGGGUAUUUCUUUCUGGUUGGCUCUGGAGGCAAGGCCAGGAAGCCGCCUGAGGUUUCUUCCAGUGGGGGUGAAAGAGGGUUCCUUCCUUCCUUCCUUCCUUCCUUCCUUCCAGCACCUGUUCUCCCCAGAGCAUCGGUAUCUCGGUUCUGGCACUCCGCCAAGCUUCUGUUCGACCCAAAAUGGCCUUGAGGAUCGUUUAUCUACUUUCUUUCCUCAGCUUGACUUUCUUUCGGGGAGAGCCCCCAACUCCCCGGCCAGCAAAGGA